AGAGAGCGAGAGAGAGAGAGAGAGAGAGAGAGAGAGAGAGACCCAACCAUAAGGAGAAAGGGGGAAAUGAGAUGACAACAGAAUGCAGGCUGUGAUACAUAAAAGAGCAUGAUGUAUUGAAUCAAAGGAAAAGGAGAAAUAAAUCUGGAUUUCUCACCGGCAAGGGAGCAAGAAUAAAAGCAUCAGUAUCGCUAAUCCACUUAAGGACGUGGAUUAAAAAAGAGAGAGGGAAAGGGAAAGGAGAGGAGGAAAAUAAUCAGAUCACUUGUUUAUUUUCAUGGUCCGUGUGCGCACUUGCUGUCGGUGAGAGUGUGCAUAUGUGUGUGCGCAUAUGGGAAUAGACUGCAUUGCUGUUCACUAGCAGAGGCAUCAGGAGAGAACCAAGCUGAAUCCCUCUUUUUUCUUUCUCUCUCUCUAUUUCUGUGUUGCACUGUGUGGCAGGAGCAUGUUGGCUGGGUUGAGUACAAACGACAAGCUGAGCUAGCCAAAAGAGAUGGACCUGUAACGCUGUAAAUGCUGUUGGAUCUGGCCAGUGGCUGUGUGGGAUCCCAGGUUUCUAGGUGGAGCCUGGUGGUCUUCAGCUGCUAGGGAGAGUUAAAGCUAAAAGCCCCAGAGAGAAGGAGGCACAAGUAUCUGGGAGUGUGCCGGCAGUGGGGCCCUGCGUGGAGGGAGGGGGCCUGAACCUAACCCCCAAAGAAAAGGAGUUUGCUGCGUUUGUGUUGGCAGGGAGGACGCAUGGCUGGCGUGGGCCUUCCCCCUUCUGUGAGCUGCAGCUGUAGGAGAUUGGACCGGGAGUGAAAGUAAACCAAACCUCCAGGAUAAUGGUUUGAAGAGGUUCCCGCUGCUCCUCCCUGGCCUGACAGGAGGGACCCUACACUCUGGGGGUCUAUUUUGCUUUUUCCUCUUUUUAUUUUUCUCUUUAAGUCAACCCGGGGGAUUUGUUUGGGUGUCUUCCUCCCCCCCCACACCUCAUCAUCAUCACUAACCCCACCUCCAUCUCUGUUUUUAGUUUGUUUUCUUUUUUUGAGAUUUGGGGGAUUUGCCAAAACCUAUUUCAUGCAUGUCCACUGGGGGCAGGUUCAACUUUGAUGAUGGGGGGUCAUACUGUGGGGGGUGGGAGGAAGGCAAAGCCCACGGCCAUGGCAUCUGUACUGGGCCGAAGGGCCAAGGCGAGUACUCAGGGUCCUGGAGCCAUGGCUUUGAGGUGGUGGGGGUGUACACAUGGCCCAGUGGGAACACCUACCAGGGCACCUGGGCGCAGGGCAAGCGCCAUGGGAUUGGAAUGGAGAACAAGGGCAAGUGGGUGUAUAAGGGGGAGUGGACAAGUGGAUUUAAGGGACGCUACGGCCUCAGGGAGAGCACCGGCACCAGCGGGAAGUACGAGGGGACCUGGAACAACGGUCUUCAGGACGGAUACGGCACUGAGACCUACUCCGAUGGAGGUACGUACCAAGGCCAGUGGGUGGGGGGGAUGCGGCAUGGAUACGGCAUGCGGCAGAGUGUGCCGUACGGCAUGGCAGCCGUCAUCCGCUCUCCGCUGCGUACCUCCAUAAACUCCUUGCGCUCGGAGCACAGUAACGGGACGGCUCUGCUCGCGGACCGGGCCGGCGUGGGGAGUGUGGGCGGGACAGGCUCCACCAGCAGUCCGGCAGUGUCGCGGGGGGGCUUCGUGCUCACUGCUCACAGCGAGGCAGAGCUGCUGAAGGGCAAGAAAAAGGGUCUGUUCCGAGGUCGCUCCAUCCUCAGCGGACUCAAACUGAGGAAGUCAGAGUCCAAGAGCUCCCUGGCCAGCCAGCGCUCCAAGCAGAGCUCGUUCCGCAGUGAGGCGGGCAUGAGCACGGUCAGCUCGGUGAACUCUGACAUCAACUCCACCAUCAGCCUGGGAGAAGGCGAAGCCGAGCUGGCCGUCGCCGAGGACGACGUGGACGCCACGGCAACGGAGACCUACUGCGGCGAGUGGAAGAACGACAAGCGUACGGGUUGUGGGGUGAGCCGGCGCUCGGACGGCCUGCACUAUGAGGGUGAGUGGGUGGGAAACAAGCGGCACGGGUACGGCUGCACCACCUUCCCUGACGGGACCAAGGAGGAGGGCAAGUACAAGCAGAACGUCCUGGUGAGCGGCAAAAGGAAGAACCUAAUCCCCCUCCGAGCCAGUAAGAUCAGAGAGAAGGUGGACCGGGCUGUGGACACGGCCGAAAAGGCAGCGGACAUCGCCAAUCAGAAGGCUGAGAUCGCCAUGUCCAGGACGGCCCAUGCACGGGGGAAGGCGGAGGCGGCCAUGGGAGCCAGCCAGAAGGCCCAGGAGGAGUGUCGCCUCGCCAGGGUCACCGCCAAAGGGUUCUCCCCCUCCUUCCAGCACCGCGAAAACGGAGUAGAGGUCCAAAGGCCAAAGCAUCAGAACUCCAGUGAGAACGACAUUGAGGUGAUCUCCAGUGGCACGGGGCCAGACAGUCCUGAACUCUACAUAAAGGGCACCACACCCCCCAACCUGACCCCUGACCUUAGUCCUGAGGCCAGCCACCCCUCCUCGCCCCCCUGCAGCCCCACCACCUCCAAGCCAUACCGCACCAAGAACGCACGCUUCCUGCGGCAGAGUGCUGUGGACGACGCUGGGGGUGGUGGCGGUGGGGGAGGGGGCGGUGGGGGUGGGAGAGGGGGCAGUGGUGGCCAGGAGAUCCAGGUGCUGAUGGAGGGCCGUGGAGGAGGGGAGUACCUAAGGGCCAACAGCUGGAGCGAGGACAAACGCUCUUCUAAAGAGGGCAGCAGGGGGGGCAGCAGGGGCAGCAGUCGCUCCACCACCCCCUCUGUCCAGGACGAGGCCAGGGGCCGCACCAACGGCCACGGCCAUAAGCACGCCUCCUCCAAUCACAGGUCUCGAGAGCAUGGCUCGUCCAAUCACAAGGCCUCCAGGGACCGAUGGUCGGACUGCCCGUCGGCAUCGUGGAGGUCCCAGCGGACGCACAGCGGUGACACGCGGCUGCUGGAGCAGGAUGAGGAGAAGCUGAGCAACUACGAGAUGGAGAUGAGGCCGCUGCAGCCCAUGGACUCCAACUCCCAGAAGCCCUAUGGGCUGGGAGAGGAGCACCAUGGUUACAGUGGCGAGGCCCGCUCCCACACGCUGCAGAGACAGCGGCCUUCUAAGACCCGGGAGGCCAGGGAGGGCAGGGAAAGGGAGGCAGCACGGCCAUCAGGAGCUCGGGAGGGCAAAGAGAGAAAGGAGGGACCGGCCCCAGACUCAAUGCAAAAGCUAGACAGUCUGAGCAAGGGGGACAAGUUGGAGGCUCGGCCUCUGCGCAGGGAUCUCACCCUCUCCCCCCCACAGAAAUCCUCACCCAUUGCACUAGAACACGACGACGACAAGAAACAAACCCAGCUCAAAGCAAACUCGGGCUCCAGCUCAAUUCUGGUCAUCAUGGUGAUUUUGCUCAACAUUGGAGUUGCAAUUUUGUUUAUUCACUUUUUUAUUUAACAAUGGAUUGCCUAUUAAUUCCUAUUAUUAUCUAUGCUAUUAUUAUAACAUAUUAUGAGUAUUAUCAUGACUAUACAGCCCUUGGACAUUUGACACUAUGUAAAGAGUACAGUAAGAGGAUUAACAAUAUGGGGAUAAAGCUGGUUCCCAAUGCCCAGAUGACAGAUAAGCAGUGAUCUAAAAAAAAAAAAAAAAAAAAGUAAUUCUUUCUCUCCCUGACAUUACCUGUUUUUCAUCUUAAAUCAAUGUUUAAAAAAGGUUUGUAACUUAUAAUUUAACUUAUUAAUUUGCUCACGUAUGAUAUAUUCAUUUAAAUUAUUUUUUAUUCCUUA